ACAAACACUGCGACGUCACGACACACAAUGGCUGCCUGUGGUACUGCUGUGACGGUUCUCACUCCAAAUGGGAGAAGACAAACAGUUAAAGUGUCUCCAAACACACCGUUAUUACAGGUGUUGGAGGAUGUCUGCAAAAAGCACGGAUUUAACCCGGACGAUCACGGUUUGAAGUUUCAGAGGACUACUGUUGACCUCACGCUGCCAUGGAGGUUUGCAAACCUACCCAACAAUGCCAAGCUGGAAAUCGUGACGAGUACGAGAAAACAGGCUGCAGCCGACAGCCAGGUGCGGAUUGCGCUGCAGAUGGUGGAUGGCUCUCGGCUCCAGGGUUCCUUCUCGAGUGGACAGACUCUUUGGGACCUGAUCACACAUUUCCCAGAGAUCAGUGCGUCGGAGCUGUCUGAGUCAGGAUCCACCCCCGUGUGUGUUUACAUGAGAGACGAGGUGAGUGGGGAAGAAGCACUCAAGAAGGCCACUCUGAAGUCUCUGGGUCUUACGGGAGGAAGUGCCAUUGUCAGGUUUUUACUUAAAAACAACAAAGCGCAAGAAGAGGAACAUGGCGGGGAAGCCACUGAAACACCUGCUAUACCAACCACACCUGCUGCCAAGGAAACCAAGCCUAUCCAGCCAUCUCAGCCUAAUCCUGUUCCUUUGCAUCCAGAGACGUCAACAACAGAGGUGCCAAUUAAAAAUUCAAACCUCGACAGGCCAGUGCCAACCCACCCUGCGCCCCCUCCCACUUCUGCCACAAGCACACUUCCUGUUAAACAGGAAGAGGUUCCAAACUCCCAUGAUGCAGUGCGACCAAAGGUUCCUCCCGCGGAGAAAGGCUUGUCAGAGGAGGAUGGUGAGAAAGCAGGGCCGUCAGGACUGAACUCUCACCCAUCCGCCUCCUCCUACUCUGCCGCUCCCUUCAUUCCCUUCUCUGGAGGCGGUCAGCGCCUUGGGGGUCCUGGGGGAGGUGCAGCAGGACGCUCAUUAUCUUCGUCCUCAUCAUCCUCAUCUCUUGCUGCUCUGACUGUUGCAGUAGAAUCACCCAAAGCCAAGAAAGCCAAAUCCAGCCACAGUUCCAGCACCAAACGUCAAACCACUGCCAACCAGCCGGACGAGGACAUGGAGCAGGGGGAGGAGUUCUUGGAGCCAGUAGAGAGGGAGCCUCUCAUCUACCACCUGGACACGAUGUCCCAUCACUCCGAGGACCACGAGAAUCUGCCCGACCAGUUCUUUGAAGUGACGGUGGACGAUGUGCGCAAACGCUUCGCCCAGCUGAAGAGCGAGAGGAAGUUAUUGGAGGAGGCCCCGCUGAUGACUAAAUCUCUGAGAGAGGCACAGAUGAAGGAGAAGAUACAAAGAUAUCCCAAAGUGGUCCUGAGGGUCCAGUUUCCUGACAGACAUGUUCUACAGGGCUUCUUCAGGCCUCUGGAGACAGUUGCUGCUGUGAGGCAUUUUGUGAGGAGUCACUUGGAGGAUCCUCAGCUCAGUUUCUACCUGUUCAUCACCCCCCCAAAAACCAUCCUGGAUGACCCUUCAGCUACACUGUUCCAGGCCGACCUGUUUCCUGGCGCUCUGGUGUACUUCGGAUCCGACGUUAAGACAGAUUGUUAUAUAAAGAGGGAACUGCUUGAGUCCUCGGUCUCGCCAAUGCAAGCUAAUGAGUCCAUUGCAAGCUGCAUGCUCCAGGCCUCAGCAACCCCUCCAACCUCCACGGGCUCCGACGAACUGCCGCUUCCUCCAGAGCCGAACACCAGCGGGCCCACGCAUGCUGAGCGAGACCCAUCUGCACACACACAGGCUGCUAAACCUACCAGGUCUGACCCGGGCAAGGUGCCCAAGUGGCUCAAACUUCCAGGGAAGAAAUAACACUGCUGCUGUGCGCUGACGUGAGGACUCACCACCACGACAGACGUCUGACAGGCUGCUUUCAGACUGAAUAGAGCACUUCGACCUUUGCUGCGCUUUGAUAAAGAGGCUCAACUUUCUGACCACAGCGGACUUAACCCAUCAUGGAAGUGGCCCGCACUUGACUAGGUUUUAAAAAGGUCAAUAAUAAUGCGAUAAAUGACAGAGUGAAUAAUGAAUAUUUCAUGGCCAAGAUGUGUUUCAUUCCCCUUGGAGGAGAGAGUGCUGAAGAGGCUGCGUUUACUCAGCUGGUGAAAAUGUAGUGCCGAGUGAAUAAAGAUUGUUGUACUAAAAAUG